AUGAGGGUCUUCGCAUUGUUGCCGGUUUUGGCAUUUGCAUUAGUCGGUAAGUAAAAAAGACGACUUUUAUAGUAGGGUGACCGCCUUUUUCAAAGAAGAAAUUAAAUUUCAGCUGCUAACUCCCAAGAAGAAACGACUUCAUCGACAACACCGACCACCACGACAACUCCGACAACCCCGACUACUCCAACCACACCGACCAGCCAGACAACUCCUACAAGCCAGACGACAACACCAACGACUCCGACUACUCCAACUACGCCGACCACAUCGACUAGUCAGACCACCCCCACGAGUCAAACCACUCCAACUACCCCCACCACUCCGACCACACCAACGACCUCUACAACGCCUACUACACCAACUAGUCAGACCACUCCUACAAGUCAGACAACUCCCACAACACCAACAACUCCAACUACUCCCUCAACUCCUACACCGACGACACCCACUAGUCAGACAACCCCUACAAGUCCGACGACUCCCACAACACCAACGACCCCUACAACCCCUACUACACCAACUAGUCAGACAACUCCCACAACUCCUACACCGACGACACCCACUAGUCAGACAACCCCUACAAGUCCGACGACUCCCACAACACCAACGACCCCUACAACCCCUACUACACCAACGACCCCUACAACCCCUACUACACCAACUAG